UCGAAGCCCUGCGGGAUGUCCGGGUCACGGUGCCACAGGCGGUCCGUCGAGGGGACAACGCCAUGCUCUACUGCCACUACGAUAUGGAUGGCGAGAGUCUGUACUCGGUCAAGUGGUACAAGGGCCGCCGGGAGUUCUACCGGUACACGCCGAAGGAAAAUCCGGCCAUGAAGGUGUUUCAGCUGACGGGGACUACGGUGAAGCGUUCCGCCUCGAAUGAAACCCAGCUGAUGUUGGUCGGUCUCGGAGUGAUGUCAUCCGGCAAGUACAGCUGCGAGGUGUCAGCAGACGCGCCAUCCUUUCACACCAUGAUUGUCACCGGCGAUUUGGAAGUUUGCGAGGUUCCAAAACACGUGCCGUUCAUUCACGGGAUUCGGCAGCGUUACCGGCUGGGAGAUAUCGUUCGAGGGAAUUGCACCUCGGCUCAUGCCAAACCCCCGGCUAAUUUGACGUGGUUCAUCAACGAAGUUCCGGCUAAUCCUUCGCACAUUCGCGUCUACCGACCCUUGCGGGACCAUAAAACGGAGCUGGAAACGGCGCUCCUCGGUCUGCACUUUGUGGCCAGCAGUCACCAUUUUCUGAAUGGAAAGCUCAAGAUUCGCUGUUCAGCUCAAAUACACGACAUUUAUCUGCAAUCGACGGAGAAGUCCAUUGAUGAGGAGAGGCCACGCGUCAUUUCGGCGGCAUCUUCCUCCUCGAAUGGGAACAGCAACGGCAACAGUAUCAAUCUGAUACACAACAUCCCGUACGAUCAGUUUUCGCAACUGGACAACGAACUGCCGCACGUACACGGCGAGGUAUCCGCAGCAUCUGCAGCCGGAAGCGUGUCUCCUCUGACAGUCCAGCAGUACCUCCAGCGGCUGCCAUCAAUCAGCAGCCCCAAGCUUCUGCGAACCGGAAGCCAUGGGAUCGGAGGUCUUCUUGCGGCGAUAUCGUUGCUGGAGCUAGCAACAGGGUUGCUAAUAGUUUUCUAUCAUUUGCUCAAAUUUAGCACCAUUACCGUUACAUGAUUCCGUGACGGGAAUCAACAGUGAAGCUGUCGAUUGAUGUGUUGUCUUCGGGAUUAGGCGUGUUAUUUUUUCAUUUUUGGAAGACCUUCUUUUAUGUAUGUGACUUUUCUCCGUUGAUUUGUUGUCUGAUUUGUGGUUUGUUUUGAGGAUAGUCUUCAGGUUUCGUUCUUUCGAAACAGCUAUUAAUUUCAAAGAGAUAGCCAAUCGACUUUGUUCCACGCAAGUCGAGAAAUUCUUCGUUGGGUUACAAUAAGCAAGAAAGCGUGCAAAGCGUUUCGAGAUGAGUUUAGAUAAGCGAUGUAGAAAUGGAACAGUUAGAAGCGUUUGGAUCCCGGUGAGGAUAUCCUUGGAUCUCGGAGCGCGUGAUUAAAGUGUUAAUGAUAACGAUGACGUGUCCUGACGCUGAUAAAUGACUAUUUUGGGUGAAUGUGUGAGACUUGCUGAACCUAACAAGAGAUCUACGGUUUAUUAAUGAAUGUGUCUGGAGGCUUAAGUGAAAUCAUUUAGAGAAU